AUGUCGGGAACCCCAAUUAACUCUAUAAAUAUAAAACACAUUAAAUUAUCCAUUGAAGAAAAAGCCCACAUGGUCCGAAAAAAUAUUUGUGAUGAGGUAAAGAAUAAACUUAUUGCAUUAAAGGUUGAUGUCGCAUCUCUAAAAUCGAGACGAUUUCUUGGGCUGAAUAUUCAAUACAUACGUGAAGGCAAAAUUGUGUUACGAAACGUUGGUAUAAUGGAAUUACAUCAAAGAAAUACGGCUGAGUUUCUUAAAGACUGCGUAACUUUCAUGUUGAGUCGUUUUGGCAUUGAAAUUAAGCAGUUAUAUUCAAUCAAAACUGAUAAUGGAGCCAAUAUGCUGAGCAUGGUAAAAAAAAUUGAUGAGAGGGUACGUGAAGCCCCAGAAAUCUUUGAGAGUCUCGAAGAUGAGACCGAUGUCGACGAUACUGACUAUUAUCAAAACUUGAUUGACAACUUACAGUUUGACCUGGUCAGCUCCGAGAUUAUCCCUAAAGUCACUGCAGUUCGAUGUGCGGCACACACGCUGCAACUUGCCGUUCGAGAUGCCUUAAAUGAGCACGUAGACCUUCUUGAUCAGUGGAAUGUGUCCUACUCGUCGAAAACUAAUUGCGAGGAGCUCAUUGAACUAAUGAGUCAGGAAGUCCGGUCCGUGAUUUUGGCUGAAAGAAGAGUUGCUGGAUAUUUUAGUUUGUCCGUCGAUUCAACUCCUGAUCUAUCUCACAUUGACCAGUUGUGCGUCAUCAUAAGAUACGUUUCACCAUUUGAUGAUUUGCCUGUAGAGCGAUUUUUAACAUUUUUAGAAUUAAAUUCACGUUGGAAAAGAUAUUACGGAUGCGGUUUUAAAAUUUUUGAUCGAAGACUGCAAACUUGA